GAGGACAUGAAGUGGUAUCUCGUCCGUGUCAAAACAGCUACGCUGCGGUUACCGACGCCUCUCUGUGGAAACAGGACACCCUGCAAGCAACCGCGUGGGCUGCACUAAGACUCUAUCUCGGAUUAAAAAGAAAAUCAUCACCUGUAGCUACAGGAUUUAGAUUUCAGACACACACACAGAGAGAGAGAAUAUCUCUGCUAUCUCCUGCUGAAGCAGCCGCCGGCGUCAGGAUGGAGGCGCAGCAUCAGCUGCACGAGCACAGGCGUCGCGAGCCGCUCCGUCUUCGUCCGGGUGGCGCGAGGAGGACGAGCUGAAGAAGAAGAAGGUGGUGGAAGAAGAAGAAGCAGAGGAGGAGGAGAACCACAAGAAGACGGGUGGAAGGUGGAGGAGGAAAUCCCGCGAGAAAAGAAGAGACAGAAAGACGGACAGACAAGCGCAGAGAGCACAGAGAGUGAGAAAGCUCCGCACGUGAAGUGCGCGAGACCUCCGGGGAGAAGGGAGUUAACGUUCAUUUUGGAGGAGCGCAGCGGCCGUUUUUUAUUAUUAUUUUUCCCCACACCAACGGAGAAACAAGGUCUCCGGACAAAAAGACUGGCCAGAUGAAUCCCAUGACGCAGUUGUACUACAAAAAGGCGACAUAUUCGCCGUAUCGCGACCGCAUCCCACUUCAGAUUGUCCGUGCUGAGGUGGAGCUGUCUGCUGAGGAGCGGGCCUACCUCACAGCUGUAGAGAAAGGUGACUAUGCGGGAGUGAAACAUGCCCUUCGCGAAGCAGAGGUGUACUACAACAUGGAUGUGAACUGUCUGGACCCGCUGGGCCGCAGCGCUCUCCUCAUCGCCAUCGAGAACGAGAACCUGGAGAUCAUGGAGCUCCUGCUCGACCACGGCAUCCACACGGGCGACGCCCUGCUGUACGCCAUCAGGAAGGAGGUGGUGGGUGCCGUGGAACUGCUGCUGUCACACAAAAGGCCCAGCGGAGAGAAACAGGUUCCUUCUCUGAUGAUGGACAGCCAGUUUUCAGAGUUCACCCCAGAUAUAACUCCCAUCAUGCUUGCUGCUCAUACAAACAACUACGAGAUUAUCAAGCUGCUUGUCCAGCGGAAGGUCACCAUACCCAGACCACAUCAGAUACGAUGCGACUGUGUUGAGUGUGUAUCCAGCUCAGAGGUCGACAGCCUUCGACAUUCACGGUCUAGACUCAACAUCUACAAGGCUUUGGCCUCGCCAUCUCUCAUUGCGUUGUCCAGUGAAGAUCCCAUCCUCACUGCCUUCAGACUGGGCUGGGAACUCAAAGAACUCAGCAAGGUGGAGAAUGAGUUUCGUCAGGAGUAUGAGGAACUGUCUCAGCAGUGCAAGCGUUUCGCCAAGGACCUUCUGGAUCAGGCCAGGAGUUCUAGAGAACUUGAGACCAUCCUGAACCACAGAGACAAUGACCAGAGUGAGGAACUAGACCCUAGACAGUGCCAUGAUCUGGCCAAGCUCAAACUCGCCAUCAAGUACCACCAAAAAGAGUUUGUGGCACAGCCAAACUGCCAGCAGCUGCUGGCCACACUGUGGUAUGAUGGCUUCCCGGGUUGGAGGAGACGACACUGGGCGGUUAAACUGGUCACCUGCUUCAUCAUCGGACUCUUGUUCCCGGUCUUUUCAUUGAUCUACCUGUUGGCUCCAAAGAGCGCUCUGGGACGUUUCAUUAAGAAGCCUUUCAUCAAGUUCAUCUGUCACACGGCUUCCUACCUGACCUUUCUCUUCCUACUGCUGCUGGCCUCGCAGCACAUCGCCCGCACCAACCUGCACAUGCAGGGACCCCCACCCACCAUUGUGGAGUGGAUGAUUCUGCCAUGGGUGCUGGGCUUCAUCUGGGCAGAGAUUAAGGAGAUGUGGGACGGGGGAUUCACAGAGUACAUCCAUGACUGGUGGAAUCUGAUGGACUUCGCCAUGAACUCCCUCUAUCUGGCCACCAUAUCUCUGAAGAUAGUGGCCUAUGUGAAGUAUAACUCCUCUCGGCCUAGGGAGGAGUGGGAGAUGUGGCACCCGACGCUGAUAGCCGAGGCUCUGUUUGCCAUUGCCAACAUCUUCAGCUCUCUCAGACUCAUCUCCCUCUUCACCGCCAACUCCCACCUCGGGCCACUGCAGAUCUCCUUAGGAAGGAUGCUUCUGGACAUCCUCAAGUUUCUCUUCAUUUACUGUCUGGUCCUGUUAGCAUUUGCUAAUGGUUUGAACCAGCUGUAUUUCUACUAUGAAACCAAGGCAUCAGAGGAACCCAACAACUGCAAGGGCAUCCGCUGUGAGAGGCAGAACAACGCCUUCUCAACGUUAUUUGAGACUCUCCAGUCUCUCUUCUGGUCCAUAUUUGGGCUGUUAAAUCUGUACGUCACCAACGUGAAGGCUCGCCACGAGUUUACGGAGUUUGUUGGGGCGACCAUGUUCGGGACGUACAACGUUAUCUCACUGGUGGUUCUGCUCAACAUGCUGAUCGCCAUGAUGAACAACUCCUACCAACUCAUUGCUGACCAUGCUGACAUUGAGUGGAAGUUUGCACGCACCAAGCUGUGGAUGAGUUACUUUGACGAGGGCGGCACGCUGCCGCCUCCGUUCAACAUCAUUCCAAGCCCCAAGUCCUUCUGGUACCUCCUCAUGUGGCUCCACAACAAGCUGUGCAGGACAGGGCAGCCGCCCGGGGAGGAGACACACAAAUGUGAAAACCUGCGGGAGUUCACGGAGCGUCAUGCCGACAGUCUGAGGCAGAAUCAGCACUACCAGGAAGUGAUCCGGAACCUGGUGAAGAGGUACGUGGCAGCAAUGAUACGCAGUGCCAAGACAGACGAGGGACUGACAGAGGAAAACUUUAAGGAGCUGAAGCAAGACAUCUCCAGUUUCCGCUACGAGGUCCUAGAUCUCCUUGGGAACCGGCGUCCUCCUCGGCGUAACUACUCCUCCUCCAGUGAGACAACGAAAGAUGACGGUGCCAUGGCAUCUGAGGAUGACAGCGAGUCAGGUGAAGGCACCGGAGGAGGCUUGGGAGUCCAGAGAUCAAAGAGCGUGACCUUCAUGACCCCAGCAGAGGACGACACAAAGCCGACACCAACGCUCGGCGUGUCUGCACUGGUGCGUUCUAUUUCUGGAAUGACCCAGAUAGAAAGGGGGGUAGGUGGGGAGGAGCUGGAGGAAGGUAUUGAAUGGGGGACAGAGGAGGAGGAAGAGGAGGGAAAACCAAAGAGCAAUGGGCUAAAGACGACCGUCAUCUCUCCAUCCUCCACCUCUGUUGUCCCGUCGUCAUCUUCAUCAUUCUCUUCAGCGCUCUCAUCAUCACUCGCUCGUACAAGGAGCCGUCUGCAGCGCCUAUCAGGUCCGAGUGCAAAGACGGACUCUUUCAAACGCCUCUCCUACCUGUUCUCCCGCUCCAAACGCAAAGCCCCACCCAUGCCUGUCCCUGUUCAGUCCCCAGUCUCCUACACCAUCUCUGACGGGUUGCUCCGCCCCUUGGGGAGCCACAGCCACUCCGACUUCGGACUCAGCAACGUGACCAGAAGCGAGACUCACCUGAACGAGAUGGGCCGUUCUGUUGACAUCAGUAACCCGUCGUUCUCUCCUCGGAGAACGAAUGGACGAGACUCGCUUUUGACACUGCCCCUCCCGCCCCCCUGCCCCUGCCAAUCCCUGCACUGUGCUUCCAACAUGUCCGAGUCCAGCUCGCGCCUCCUGGACUCCAGUGAGGACGUUUUCCAGGGUGGAGGCAUGGGAGGAUCGGGUGAUGGCAGCGUGGAUGGAGGAGGGGGAGGAGGAGGGGUGAUGAUGAUGGGCGGUUGGGUGGGACCUUGCGAUGAUGUCAUAGAGGACAGCUGCGAGGUCAUAGAGGACUCCGUCACUACACAGCUAUAGGAGAAAGGGACUACCAAACUGUUUUUGUUUGUUUGCAAAAUGGCUGAAUAUAUACAGAGAUGGAGAGAGACAGAGAGAGAGGGCGGAGAAUUUGGUGGAAUCCGUUCUAGAACUUAUCUGGAUGGAUUUGGGAUUCUGGAAUUCUAGAAUGCAGCACACCCGAGAAUGGAGCAGGUUCUAAGGAUUGACUUGAAUCGUCAUGGUAACACCACAGAGGGCAUCCUAAAGUGGCAGAUGUUCAUAGAGACAGUUUGUCUGGUAUAUUUCAGGGUUUAAACAGACACUUUCACUAUUAUGUGAACUUUAUUGUUGGAAGGUUCUGGAGAUAAGUCGCUAGAACUCAGUUAAAAGUCCAUAAAUAUCUAUUUGGAAAACUUAUUCCAGACAAUCAAAGUAUCUCAAGUUUGACGUUGUCUGGGAUUUUUCAGGGUUCAGACACACACCUUUCGCUAUCGCAUGAACCUCAUUGCUUAAAAGUUUUGGAGUUAAGUCGCUAUUAAUUGAGCUGACUUACCUUGCUUGCGAGAACUCAAUAAAACCUGUUUGGAGAACAUUAUAUACAUGAAAAAUUGUGAAUAAAACACAAGAGAAGGAAGUAUGAAUUUCAUAAAAGUAUCUAAUUAAAAAUAUGAGGAUGUAAAUGAGGAUGCUUUUAACAGACAAAGUAAAUUACGGGAAAAGUUUGAGGCAGUUUUUGCAUUGAAAAUUUUGUGGUGCUUUGACAUGCUGGGGUCUGCAUUAAAGGGGCCGGGGAAGAUGAUGGUUACAAUCAUCCCAAAUAAGUACUUUGCCAAAUGGAGCAAAGUAUACCUGAGCUACUAAAAUACUAAGUGUAAGCUCUUGGACAAAUUACAUUGAUUUCUUGUUUUAUGAUGAAGGUCUGUUAGGAAUUAUUUCUCCCUCUCGAUGGCAGUCCCCGUCUUUUUGUCUGAUCUUCACAGCCUUCACAAAGCCAAACUGUCUUUAUAUACAUCUGCCAUUUUCCACAAAUGCCACCAUGAGACCAAAGGAGUUCAUUUAAAAAGGAGCAUACAUUUUUUUCCGAAAGAUUAAAACACACAUCGUUAUUAUGGGAUUACAAGGAUUCAAAGUGACUUUUCAAAAAGGAAAUAUCCCUGUUUGGAAAGUUUCACAUGAUGGUUUCUUUCCCUUUAACCAACCUUCGAAUCUGUAUCGGAAUAAAAAUGGAAUUAAAUCAUCUUACAACCAGUGGAAUUUGAAUUGAACUACGCUUUUACAUUCAGCUGAAUGGAAGGAGAUCGCACACGGAAUAACGUCCCCUUUAACCAUGGAACAAUGGAUUUAAAUUUGACCGAAUCACUGGGAUGAACAGAAGCAGCAUGGAACCUUUGCUCUGCUGUCAAUAGCCUGCACCCUCUCUCUCUGCAUCAACAAGGGCCAAGGAACUUUAUUUUAUCCUAAUAACAAUUAUACUAGUAAUAAUAAUAACGGUAAUAAUAAUAAGAGACUUCUAUUAAUAAUAAUGAGGACUAUUCUGGUUUCUAUACACUGUCUUUGCUUCUAUUUGAGUUGCCUACGAUAUCCUGGCUUCUCGUUCAGCUCUUCCUUAAUAAGUACACUUUAACCUGGUGAAUAAUAAGAUAUUUAUUGUGUGGAAGAGGGAGGAGGGAUGGAUAAAUGGGGGUGGGAGAGAGAGCUUAAGAAACGCGGGACGUUUUACGGAAGGAAGAACAAGGUGAGGGGAAAUAAAGGCAGGAGGAAUGAUUGGAGAAUGGAGGGAGAGGAAAUGAGGCAAAUAAGUGAAGGCACAUAGAUAUGCUUGAAUGAGGAACAGAUGGACUAAAAUGGGGAUGAGUUUCCCUUUCUAUCUAUCUGGGAAAUCUAUUUAAAAGGGAAAUUUCACCAGAAUUUCAUCAUGAUUUUUUUUUUCUCUUGAAGUCGCUUGGUGAGGCGACUUCAAAGGGUUGGCAUGAGCAGAGGCUGUUGAAUUUUACUCUGGUUAAUAUACGACUGUCAGCGGUGAAGUAGAGAAAUUAUGCAUGUUUGAUCAAAAAAAAAAGAAAAAAAAAAACACCGUUACCUGCAACACACACAUGCAAGCACACACACAUUCACACACUUAAAAAUCAGCUCGUGUGAUGAAUAGCUGCCGGCUAAAAGUAUUGGUCUUGUUUUUGUUGGUCUCGCAGCAGGAUGACAUCACCUCCUCGUAUUUCUUAUUUGAUUGUUUUAUUCAUUUUGUUCGUCCUUGUCCUUUUUUUUUUUCAUAAAAAAAGCCCUCUGGUUCGGCAGCUGUCUUGGCAGUAGAAAGCCUCAGAGCAGCAAUGAAUCAGCAUUCCAAAAUGUCACGACGUCAACCGCUGUGCAUCCUGUAAUCAUAAUGUCACGGCCAGAGCUCGGACAGCAGGGGCGCAGUUAAGUGCUUAGCAGUGCCAGCCCAUCAAUUUAGUAUUUAAAAAUCAAUGUCUUCUUACUUUACAUUCCAGUAACAGAGGAUGACGUGACAACUGCUUUAAUACUGUUUGAUUUUAGUACUUGUGAGAAAAUAAGACACAGUUGGUCGUUCAUAAACAUAGAUCUUAAAAGUACAAGGAUGUUUUAUUUUUCAUUUGAAUUAGCAAACAUUUCACAAUUUGGGAUUUGGAUAUUUCUUUGGUUUUGCAUUAAAUCUUUAGCCCUUCAAGGUCUGCUAGGACCCGUGCAUUUCCGGCUACUUUUUCGCGACAGUUUUUGAAUUUAUCGGUGAGAGAAUAGCAAUCAUCCCCUUAGUAUAAGGAAUAAUGAACAUGGCAUCAAUAUAAGGAUUCACAAAUGACAGCAGAUUCCUGGAGGUAGAUUGUUGAAACAAUCAGAAUAGACGUGAGGGAAUGUACAAAGGAGUGGGACAAAAAUGAUUUCCCUUCGAACGAAUAAAAAAACCUGCAACAAAGAGGGCACACCGAGGAGGGAAAAAAUGUUCCUUUUUUCUGUCUGCUGGCACUGAAACAUCUGGACACGGCCACGCUGUAAUCAACACAUAAUGCAGCAGCACACAAGCACAUCGGCCAUGGUUACAUCGUAGGCUCUACAUAGAUUCCCCGCAGAAGUCUAAAUUCUCCUCUGCUUUGCAUUGCCUUUUUUUGUCUUUUAGACUGCUGCAGCACUUUCUAUUAUGCUAAAUCCAUUAUUUGAUGGAUAUUUUUGUUUGUUUAGUUUUGUCAGUUUUGUUUUUUAAUCACUCUCACUCUUUCCCUUUUUCGGUUGUUUUUGAAGGAGACUAAUUUUUUGGUUUGGUAGAGUAAACUCAGGCACAACAUGAAGUCAGGCUCAACCACAACCCCAGCAGACCAGCUGGUCUUAAUGUCAGGCCACAUCAGCUGGUGGCUCAGCUGAUACCUUGCUAUGCAUGCCAUUGGCAGAUCUUAUAUAGUGUGUGCUAUUUAAGAUGCUUUAGCCUGGCUACAGUUGCUGCACAUCUGCAAGCUGCUUUGCAACCCUGUCCACUCAUAACCCCUCCUUAAAUUGAUGUAAUCAAUGUCAUAUUGUUUGUUACUGAUACCUGCUCUGUUCUGUCCUGGUCUGAGAACAGAGCAAAUACAAAUAGAAAUGACUGCAGAUGGAAAUAAAAAUCUUCAGACUGCAGUGUUGCAAAAUGGACCCAUGGUGUUUCACUGUCAUAUGUUUUGCUGCGCUAUAGAUGAAAAUGUCAGCUUGUAAUAAUAAAUUAAAAAAGAGGAUUUGUCUGUUGCCACUUUAAAGCAUGGCAGAAAUUUAGUUGUAGUAAUUGCACUCAGUGCGCUUUACAUAACAUGCUUCAUUCACCCAUUCAUACAAGCGCUUUUUUAUGGUUUUUCUAUGCAAGUGCUUUCUAUCUAACAUUCACACACACACUGGGCUGAAUGCAGACUAGUGAUAUACAUGGAAAUGAUGCAUCCAUGUCUUUAAUCACACUAACGGAAUAUUCAUGUUGAGUAUCGCCACCAACAUCAGUGUUUCCGCUGCUUCACCAGAAAGCAGCACAAGUUAGCAGCCCGACUAUGAGUUGUAGUAGUUCCUCUGUUUGCCAACUAUGCUGGUUUUUUUUGUUUUGUUUUUUUUUUUUACACUAUUUUACAGUAUAUAUGUGAUAUAUACAUAUAUCACAAAGCCUCUUUAAAAAAACAUAGAAGUGUUUUGGAAGCUGAUUCAGUAGCAGGGCAGGUGAAUGAGUUUCCACCCGUCAGUUCCAGCCUCACCUCACUAACAGUUAGGCUUUAUAUCUGCACAUUAAAGAAAGUGCAUGAAGCCCAUGAAAGAGACAUAGUUCUUAGUGGAUUCGUAUUUUAGGAAUCAGCCCAGAUCGCCGUUAUUUUUCUCAAUGAAAAGCUCGUAAACACAGCAAGUGAAGAUGAACAGGGAAGUUGCCACGCAGGGCUGUAAUUUAUGGCAGAACUCUCCUCGCUGAUAAACUCAAAGCAAGCAACAGAGAGGCAGCACAGAGACCGUGAACCCAGGGGGAGCAACAGCAUUUUUUUUUUUUUUUAUAAGGCUGACAACAGCAUUGAUACUUACUGUAAUCAUGUAAUCAUAAUCAGAAGCUUUUCAAGGAGUCCUUCCUCAUGACACCUUAAACAUGACAUGAAGAAGAGCAACAUUUUUCCUGCUCACUUCCAAAAGUGUUUUGUAAAACUGAUUCCAGCACUGCAGACAAACAGUGAUAUAGCAAUCUUUAAGUCUUUCAUCUUUGCUACAAGCUGACAGCAGCCUUCUCUACUUUACCACACAAUUUAAUUUUAAACUUUAGUUACUAAUCAUAAUUAUUUGUGCAGAUGUAGACUGCUUUGAGCUUUGUCUCAGGCCAGUUAAAAAUAUACAAGAGACCAGCAAAGCCCAAAGCAAACACCAGGGUGGUGAGACUGAGCAAAAUAUACACCACUAAAUGUCUUGAUUUAACUGUGUGGUCACUUGGGAGGCUGGACUAAACUACUUUAAAAGACCCUCAGUGAUGUGAACUGAAAGGGGGAAUAUCAUAGAAACACCACUGAUAAAAUAAGUGCAACUUCUAAUUUAGAAUUUGUUGUUUACCUGAGAUGUUUAGCAUAUUUAAAUGUUAAAUAUGCUAAAUGUUGUGUCAUUUUUUGUUAAAGUACACACUUCAAAGGCCAGUGACAAAGAGCAAACUAGUACCUGGCCUUCAGUCAGAGCAAAGACAGUUAGGUGACAUAGCCUCAAAAUUAUUUCAUGAUGUUUCAUUUGUGAUAACGAUGUUUCCGACAACAUAGAAAAAAAUACUGAAUAUUAUGUUAUGUUUGCAGGCAUCUAUAAAAGUUAAUGAAGGGCAUUUUCUUUUCCAGUGAGCUGAUGUCAUUGAUGACAAACUUUACAGUAUAGUGAAAUAUCAGUAAAAAAGCGUCCUUGGAAAUUUGAAGUAAAAGUACAAAAUAACUAUUUAAGAUUUUAUUGUAACAACAAUUAAAAUAACAAAACUGUCAAUUGUCUCGUUGUUGAAAUGAUACAAUAUGACAUGUGAAAACUAAUUCUGUUAUUAUUGCAGAUGAUAUGGGAGGCAGGAAAAGAUGGACAUAGCUAACCUGACAUCACACACCAGUGUCUGAAGUCCUGUUUUGAAUAAGAAUACUUUAUUAAUCCCAGACGACAUUAUGUAAUUUGGAACCAGGUGUCACAAGCAAUAUAGAAAUCCCACUGAAACUGGCUGCUUAUUGGCUGAUUGACAUGUCUUAUAUAUACUACCAUGCAUAAUCCCUCCCUUUGUGAAACUUAGGUUCCCAGAACUUACAAAAUGCAUUUAAUGUUUUAUCUAGUAUUACCUGAAGUGAGUGAGCACAUCAGGAUUCAUGAGGAAAGGUUUGCAGAAGUCAAGACCAAGGACUGUUUACCCCAUUGGCUUCUAUAGGGUUGAAGAUUUUUUUUUUGUAGUAUCGCCCCCUGCUGGUGAUUAAAAAGAAUGCUGAUCUAAGACUCCGAAGAUAGUUGCUUCACAUUUCAGACAAUUUUUUGCUUCUUUUAGCUCUUUGUUUUGAAAUGAUUUCCAUCUUUAACCUUGUCUGUAUCAUUGCAACGCUCCUCUCAUAAAGUCCUACCUGACCAAAUGAGGGGAAGAUGAACAUUGUGAAAUUUGUAGAUCGAAGGUGGAGGAGAAAAGCUCUCAAAAGGUCAAAGCAACCAACAACAUUUGCGGUAUAAAGAUAACCUUCAUUGCUUACAUAUUCUAUGAGGGCUGUCAAGUGUAUGUGUUUGUGUUGAUAUCCAGUAUUUUCAUUUCAGUCCACUGCACACUUGGGGCGUGUUACACUUUUCUCACAAAGUCUUAAAGCUACACUAGUCAAUAGGAAUGACUGUGCAAUAUGAAUUGCGUAGUUAUUGGUAGAAAAAGUUGCUAUUUGUCUGCCGGGUGUGCAAAUGACUGCACACACACUCCCCAUGAAAAUGCUAAAAAGUGAUAAUACAUCAGUGGUGUGUUUUCAGGUUGUUGCACUGAAAACACACCAGCCCAGAGAAAAUCAAUUAAUCCAGCUCUAAUGCAUCGGGAUAUUAGAAAAAUGUGGAUUAAUAUUUGAAUAAUCUUUUGAUCUUGUGUGAGGCUUCAGGCAUUUAAUAAAUUGAUGUUUUGAUCGGCUGGCUCGCAGACUGGACUUAUGCUGAGCAGGAAGGAGUUUAAGAAAUGUAAUGGCUUCUAAAACGCUCCUUAAGUGAUAAUCAGCAUCAAUGAUUGCAUCAGUGGAGUAAGUAAAGCUCUGGAUGAUCUGCAGUGAAAAUGAGAACCCGGAGAAAAAGGAGGGCACAAGUAGAGGUGCAUUUUAUUAAACAAAUCUUAACAUUCAAACUAAACACAACAGAAAGGACAAAUCUAAACUAAGGUACAACCCAGGGUCGGCGCCAUGAGAGAGAUUCAGCUGAGGAGUUAAGGGGUGAUGUAGACAAUCUGAUAAAGACUGAAAAGGAGAACAUAAACAAAGGCCGCUACACUCCACGUGGAGUCGUACUUAUGGCUGCUGAAGGGUCUCUUAAUUAAAAGUUAGGGUAAAUAUUGCAGCUGUAAUUCUAAAGACGGUCACAGCAAUUUAUAAUCAGCAACUGCAGCAACUUAUACACCUCUCUGAUGGGUGGAUGCAGUCAUGUCCAUAACCUGCCUAUGCUGUUUCAGAUUCAUUCAGGCACUCCUACAGAUCCAGCUUCCCUUAAGUUCAGUUUAAUGUGAUUUAGAUAUCACAAAUCGACAACAACUGUGGACUCAAACCACUCUUUCCUGUAAAGAACCUACAGUAUUAGAUAGAAAACCCCAGAAAUCUUUUAACAAGAACAGACCUCCAACUGAACCAGACUCAGGGAGGGGCAGCCAUCUGUCAUUAACGGUUUUGGGUCAAAGGCAUAGAAGAGAUUCAAAAAGGGAGACCAUUCUUUUUAUUUAUAUAU